AUGCAGAUUCCCAUAACCCACAAGGCUAUCGUCUACGAUAAGCCUGGAGAAAUUUCCACGAGCAUAGUGGAAGUGAACACUCCCACCCCAGGACCUGGGCAGAUUCUGAUCAAAAUGACCCAUUCUGGAGUAUGUCACUCCGACCUUAGUCUCAUGACAAAAACCUGGAGUUGGCUCCCCGAAACCAUCAAAGCCGGACAAAUUGGUGGCCACGAGGGCGUCGGCAUUGUUGCCCAGCUAGGACAAUCAUGCGAGGCUUCAGGUGUCAAGAUUGGCGAUCGUGUAGGAAUCAAGUGGAUCGCGUCAGCAUGUGGAAACUGCAUGCCUUGCUUAGCCGGAGCAGACGGUGUGUGUGACAAUGCAGUGAUAUCCGGAUUUACAUGUCCUGGUACAUUCCAAGAAUAUGCCCUGGCUCCCGCACACUACGUAACACCCAUCCCAGAUGGACUUUCCAGUGAGAUUGCGGCACCUCUGCUCUGUGGUGGCGUGACUGUAUACUCGGCUCUCAAGAAAAGUAGGGCUCAAGCUGGAGAUUGGGUAGUCAUUGCCGGAGCCGGUGGUGGACUUGGCCAUCUCGCAGUGCAACUUGGAGGCCGAGGAAUGGGAUACAGGAUCAUUGGUUUGGAUAUGGGGCACAAAGAAGAAUUUGUGAAACAAUGCGGUGCUGAGGCUUUUGUUGAUAUUUCAAAGUAUCCAACAGCCGAUGGCAAGAGCGUUGCUGAUGAGAUUUUGAAAAUUACCGGUGGUGUGGGAGCUGCGGCGUCUGUAAUUUGCAGCGCCAGUAACGCUGCAUAUGGUGAGGCAUUGUCCUAUUUGAAGUUUAACGGUACACUUGUUUGCGUGGGUGUUCCAUAUGAUGCGAAGCCAAUCGCAAACGCCUUUCCUCAUGCACUGGUUGGAAAGCAGCUGGCAAUCGUUGGAAGUACCGUGGGAAAUCGCCGGGACGCUAUUGAAACAUUGAAUAUGGCCAAGCGAGUUGCGACAACCCCGUUCCGCCUUGAGAAAGUUGAAAAUAUUGGCAGUGUCUUCAAGGAAAUGAAGGAAGGAAAGCUGCAGGGACGGGUGGUGUUAGACUUGUGCUCAUGUACAUAG